ACACUCACAACCUCAUCACCGCCAGCAUUCUGUCAGGUAUCCCUCCUCUCAGCGGGCACUAACCCCAGGCACACACAGACAGUGGAGGUGGUCUGUCUGCCUGUCUGUGAGUCUGUCUAUCUGUCUGUCUGUCUGUCUGUCUGUGAGUGCAUAACAACACGGACCAAUGUGACUUUUAGAAACUUUUUCCAAGUCAGCAUGCCUCCUAUUCAGGAGUAGGUGGGUGUGAUGCCACCAUGGAGACACGGAACAAUAACCAGCCCACGUUAGACAACAGCUUCUACAAAAUACCCAAUCAGGAGGACCAGAACAAUGGGCCCAGCUAUAAGUUCUGCUGCACGCUGGCCAACUUCCGGAUUGAGAAGAAGAUCGGUCGGGGGCAGUUCAGCGAAGUGUACAAAGCCACGUACCUGCUGGAGGGACAGCUGGUCGCACUCAAGAAAGUCCAGAUCUUUGCGAUGAUGGAUGCCAAGGCUGGCCAGGACUGCAUCAAGGAGAUUGAUCUACUGAAGCAGCUGAAUCACCCCAAUGUGAUCAAAUACCUGGACUCUUUCAUUGAAGACAAUGAGCUCAAUAUUGUCCUGGAGCUGGCCGAUGCUGGAGAUCUGUCCCAGAUGAUAAAGUACUUCAAGAAGAAGAGGCGCCUCAUCCCAGAGAGGACUAUCUGGAAGUACUUCGUGCAGCUCUGCAGCGCCCUGGAGCACAUGCAUUCACGCAGAGUAAUGCACCGUGAUAUAAAGCCAGCCAACGUGUUCAUCACAGCCACAGGCGAGGUGAAGCUAGGCGACCUGGGGUUAGGACGCUUCUUCAGCUCCAAAACCACGGCGGCGCACUCCUUAGUGGGGACUCCUUACUACAUGUCCCCGGAGAGGAUCCACGAGAACGGAUACAACUUUAAGUCGGAUAUCUGGUCUCUGGGAUGUCUUCUGUAUGAGAUGGCAGCGCUGCAGAGUCCGUUUUAUGGGGACAAGAUGAACCUGCUCUCCCUCUGCCAGAAGAUCGAGAAGUGCGAUUACCCCCCGCUCCCUCCGGACCAUCACUCUGAGAAGCUGCGGGAGCUGGUCAGCAUGUGCAUCAACCAAGACCCAGACCAGCGGCCGGACAUCGUCUUUGUGCUGCAGAUCGCCAAACAGAUGCACCUGUGGACCUCCAGCACCUGAGCCCCCCCGCUGAGGAGCUCAGUGCUCAACCUCGCGUCCACAGGAGGACGAUGGAAGCUCCGCCCCCUCUCCUGUCCUGUCAUGGAGGAUGUGAAGAGCCCAGGAGUGGUGCAGCAAUUAGACUUUCUGAAAUGCAAAGGAGACUUUUCUGCAGCUCGGGAUGAAGAGCUGUCUCACUCCAGCGGGGUGCAUUCCAUACAGACUGGGACUUUGAGUGUCCGUCGUUGUAAUCUGUUUUAUUUUGUCAAUUUAAGUACAUUCUGUAGGAGUCAGAUUAACAAACUGUGUAUUAGCAAUUACUGAUUUGUCUUCUUUGAUAGUUUACAUACAGCGUGUAUCUCCUGUAGAGAGCCCAGUGUGACUGCUUCAUUAUUACAUCACUUCUCUGGGACCCAGUCUCACUAUUCUGUUACGUUUUUGAGACUCUGUCCCUAAAAACAAUUAAUAAAUGAUCUGGAAUUAAGGAGAACCUGCCAGCCUUUACAGUCCGUCCUUCUGCUGUGUGUCAAGUCUUGAGAAACUGGCUUUGCAGACUGCAUCUUUCUGAGCUAUACAAAGAUUCUAUUUAGGUGCAUUCUGGGAAAUGUAGUUCCUCUGGUAAGGCGGGCUCUGCUGCCUCAGCUUUGACACCCCUCUGUGGGAACUUGUAAUGUUUUGUAUGAUGCCGACAUACUUUCCCCGUUAACCGUUCAAAGUGGAUUUUAAAUUAACUUUAAUUAUCUAUAUUUUGUUUUGAGUUAAGGACUUAAAUAAUCUUAGGAAGUGCUGAACAAGUGUUUUUGUGUGAAUGCAGACCAUAGUUACUGUGAAUCUGUAGGAAUGUGAUGCUGUGAUGCCAUUUUGAGGUAAUAUGCUAAACAAUGUCUAUAUUUACUGAACAGUGCCUUAUCACACACAGUACCUGUGCCAAUAUAAUAAACAUAUUGCAUACAGA